AUUUAGCGCCGCCAUUUUGAACAUGGUAGUGUUUUGGUCCUGUGAGAGUUGUCAUAAUCCUGUCUUUUUCCGCGGUUGUACUUGAAAUAUGGAGUUGACCAGGCAGGUUUUUAGUAGCAGUGACAGAAAGUCGACCGAUGGAUACAGCAUGUACAACAUAAAAGGUAGGUGGGCAAGACUUGUUUGUAUUCUGUAACGGUCGUAGCUUCCUUCAAAUUCCAAGCGAUACCUUUGUUCACUCGAUCAUAUGGAGCGAUAAAUAAAUUAUGACUAAGCCAAGCGAAGAUCAAAAAAUCUUUCCAGGCGUGAAGUAUGAAUUUUACGAACUUUACUAGAUCGAUAAUAUUGUAAAAAUGCAGCUAAGGAGAUAAAUUAUUGCGUAGACUGCUUGGGUGAUUUUAAUAUUGACACUCUUUGACAACACACACAGAUUUAGCCGGACAUUCGUUGUUGCCAGAGGCACCGUCAGUAAUUGUUCUGUUUCACGAGAGUAUUGUAUUUUUUCAGUAGUGGUUUUCCUCAAAGUUAGGUUGUUUUGUUGUUCAACGGAUUUGACUCUUACAACAAGGAAGUACAUACAUGCACGUACUAAAGCACUGAGGUUUAUCUCUUAUUAAAUUAUAACUCUAUUAACUAAAUAUUCAGUCGCUAGUUGAGAGCUCGUGUACAUGAAGGAGGCAAUCUAAUAUUUCACUCACUGAUUGAGUCAUGUUAUUGAAAUAAAAAAUAGUUUUCAAUCUUUUUUAAAUCGGAAACACGUGUACACCAAUUCUUAGCUCAAUUAUCCAACUUUCAGAAUCAGUAGAUAUCAGUUAAUGUAAUUAACCACACAAAUAUUUGUUGAGGAUUCACAAAAGAAUUACUAUGCCUCUCCAGUAACUUCUAACUACCAAUGUAAAUGCAAUAUCACACAUUCUUAAGGAUAGCACUUGACUGUCAAACAUGCCCAAAAUAUUGUCCCUCCUGAUAUUACAUUUUCUUGUGUUAUUAUUGUGCGAUUUCACGAUAUGUAUUAAAGUUAACAUGGCAACCAGAUGGAUAAUGAGACAUGGUUUGAUGCUACUCUGGUGUAAAGAUUUAGUGAGUGUAAUUGAAUAGUUACAAUUCAUAGACCCGAUGUUUCGACACUCCUGUUUAGUGCCUUCAUGACUGUGAUCGUGAGUAUAUUGGACAGACCAAAUGUCAGUUUGGUACACAUGUGAAAGAGCAUAAAAAAGUGGUCUCCUUUUACAAAAAAGAAAAUACAGCUUUAUCGGAGCACAUAUGUCUAACCAACCAUACAAUUGGGUGGGAUAAGUCUAAAAUUAUCACCACUACCUGCGCCUUUGUUUGGAAGCGCGGCAUAUCAACUCCACCCACACUCCUUUAAAUCGUGAUAAUGGUAGCUUACUUCCUGACACCUAUUUACACUUCAUUGAAAAAAGGGCAGCUAAUUAGUGAGCAUAGAAAAGGACCUCUUGAUGUAGCGUUUAGUUCAUGAAAUGUUUUUUUGCGAAGCAGACUAGAGUUUUUGGGGUUGAUAAAUAAGAAAAUUUUGUUGUAAUCAUUUGUAUAAAUGUAAAUGGAGCAUCUGGAUGCCUUGGUUAUUAAAUUUCACUAAAUAUACAAAUAUAAAUUCACAAUAGAGCUGAACCCAGUGAGGGCUGGCACAAUAUACAUGCAGCUGCUAUACACUUGAAAACAAUCACAAAGAAUGUUACUCUUUUAUUUGAAAUAUAUCCUAUCCAAAAGAAGAGCUUAUUAUGUUAAAAAAAAAAAAAAAAUUAGUCAAAGCAGUCAUAGUUGGCCCCUUUACCUUUGUCUUGCUAUGCCAUGAGAUACACAUGGCUUUUACAUUCUUUUUCUAUCCACUGCAAUUUAUUGGGAGAGUUCUCACCCCUUUUACUCCCCAACACUUGUAUGCAAGUUCCCUUUACUGUUCUCUACAUCCAUUUCCCAUGAUACUUACUCGAAAACUGCUUCUAAUAUGAUUCUCAAUCUAAAAUUCGAAUAUGUGCAAUAUUUGUUGUGAUAGAAAGGUAAAGAAAAGUCUAGUGUGGACAACUUCUUAUGUAAUUAAUCAGCUUUAAAUACUAAUAACUUUUCAAAACCCUUUGGUCUGAGACUGUCAUCUUUCCAUGUAGAGAGCAGAUCAAUUGAGGUUCUUUAAAUUCAAUUCAGGUGUUUACAAUUGCUAAAUUUAUUAGUUCUUGAAGAAAUUGUUUAAAUUUGUUUUUUGUUAUUUGUUAUGUUAUAUAGAGUAGUACCAGAACUUAGUUUGAGUUAUAUAUUGCAGGAAACUGUUUUUUGUUUCCUAGCUUAUGGAUCUUAUUUCAAACAAAAUUUGUGUUGACUUGAUAUACUUAGAUAAGUUGAAAUACUGAAGGAUAUGUCUGUUGUUAUAAAUGAAAAUCUCAAUAUCAUUUUUCUCAUCACUGGGUUUUCCUCUAUGACACCCACAGACAUUUCAUAGGUAUACAAAGUUGUUGAUCCUUUUGGAGGCUGGUAUAAAUUUCACUCCUAGCAAUGUUUUAAAAUGUUGUUCCAUUGAGAGUCUUGUAGAUAUGAUCUUAGUCUAGCCUUCCUUCUAAAAGACCAAAUGUUAUUGUGUUAACUAUGAUUAGCAUGUGGCUGGUUUUAAUUUAUUCACAAUAAUUUGCCCUUGGCUAGCAGUGUAACUGACAAAUUCAAAUGAAGCCAUAGUGACUUUAAGUGUUGACUGAAUUCUGUUUUUCUAUAUUAGAAAAGCUACAAGAUCUGAAAAUCCUGUUGCUGUUGAUUGAUAUUUUCCAUGUUAAAAUUAUUGCAACCAUUCAACACGUGCUGUUUUGAGUAUGAUCCACAUUUAGAUUUAAAUGCAGUGCUUGCUAGAAGACGACGUAAGUAAACAUACACAUAUCAGGAUUGAAUUUUUAUGAUAUUUGGAUUACCAGUUUUUAAUUUUAUUUUUGAUAAAAAUUGUUUGAUACAAAUGCAAGCUUCUCUGAAAAAUCCUUGAUCUAUGUGUUUUAAUAACUGAUAAAUCUUAAGUCUGUGAGUAAUAAUAAAUAUUAUUUGUCUCAUUUUAGAAGUGAAAAAAAUGUAUCAAAAGGAUAGUGUUUAAGUUUAUAUGCUGUCAAAUCAGGGGAUGCAUGGAUUUUAAUAGCAUUGGUUGAAAUAUUUGAUAUAAAUUCAUGGGUGAAUUAUAAAAGAAAAAAAUGUUGCUAACUUUCUUUAAGCCAGGGUAACACUCCUGUCAGUGGAUUAUUUGUGCAUAUAUUAAUUUGUUUGAUUGUAUUUUAUUUAAUAUUUCAUCUGUGAGUGAAUUUAAGCUGCAUUUUAAAAUUGUGUGAGUUUUUAGAUUGUACUUGAAUUAUAGGAUUAUAGGAGAUGCUCUAAACAUUUAUGCUUUAAAUGGUAAAAAAAUUGUUUGCCAUAGUAACCAAAAUUAUUUCCUAGAAUGCUUUUGUUUGGAAAACUUACCAGUUUAUUGAGCACUGGCUAUGGUUAUAUUUAUUGUGUGGCUUUCUUUUCAUCAAAUAGGAUUUAGACACAACUAUGUUCAAAGACUACUUAACUGAGAUACAAAAAGAUCAGCAGCGUUUUAUUGGAAAGUUCUCUAAGUUUCUUCUCGUACAUGUAUCAUAAUUCAUGCUUUCAUAAAUUAGAACUCUUUGCAGGGAUCUACUGAACAUGUAUUUCAUUGUGUAGGGGUCUCUACAUUUAGUACACUUUGAAAGUGUCUUCUAAGAGUGCGGUCUUGCAUUUCAAUGUUUCUGGAAUGUCUAUGAACUGAACAUUACAUAGCUACUUAAGGAAACAAUAUAUUUUCUCUUCGUGGUACCUUUAGCUCCCUCUUGAGCCAAUCAAUCUGAGUUAUAGGAAAUUGUGGUGAAGGUAAAGAAUCCGAUCCCACCAACACAUCGGCCGACACACCACCAACAUACUACCAAUGAGUCAGUCGACACACUACCAACACGUCGGCUGACACACUACCAACACAUUGGUAAGAUCAAAUGCAUCAGUAGAAAUCUAAAUCACUGCCAUUUUGAGAACGUAACACAACGCGCCGGUAAGAUCUAACACAUAAUACUAACCUCGCAGGAAAAGAAAUCUAAAUCACCGCCAUUUUGAGAAGGAAACAUGACACAUUAGUAAGAUCGAAGAUUUACAUAAAUAAGGUCCAAACAAAGUCACUGAUGCACUACCGACACAUCACCGACACACCACAGACACAUCUUGUAAGUUAGAAGGAUAAACGGUGGCCAAGACGACUGCCGACCAUCGGCUGACGUGUGGGUUGAAUUCUUUACCUUUACUGAAAUUGUUUUAAAGGAUUUUGUUUUAGUUAUUUCAGAUUCUUAGUUCAAAAGUUACUGUGACUGAGUGUGGUAUGCUUUGCUUUCUGUUAGUGUUUGUUUGGUGACAACAAUCUAUUCCAAAGUCUCCACUUGGCAGACGGUUGAACACAAUAUGAAUUGAAAAUUAAUUAAACUUGUGACUGAAAUUGACUUGGAAUCUUUUAUUGUAAGUUGCCUUUUAUGGAAGUAUUAGAUAAUUUUGCAUUACCAGUUUUACAGUGUAGCCAUUUUGUGAACUAAAACAUUGUGUCUGCACAUUGUUUGUCAAUGAUGGUGAAAAAUCUGAAGAACAAAAGCUUGGUUUGUUUUGACAACAAAUAGCAGCUGAGAGAUGUUCUUUUUCUGUUUAAAUAAAGCAACACUAUCAGGUAUUGCCUCAUCAAUGAUUUGAAAGAUUAAAAGAGCAAAUUGAUAAGUAAAAUAAUAGCACAGUUUUGCUUUCCCUCAGUUCAGGAAAAUAAUUGUGUUUUAUGAGAGAUUUAUGGAUAUUUUUUAUCAGUUGCAUGAAUAUGUGAUGGUGAAUGAACAUGUAGGUCUCAGAAUAAUGCUCUUUAGUGUUCAAUCAUGGCUGGUCAAUGUAUAUUUAGUUUUUGUCCCAGCUGGUUGGGAAUCAUUGCCUGGAGAUCUGCAAUCAAAGUUGAGAUCUAUGUGGCAAGCUGCAAGGGGAAUUUUAAAAUCUGUAUGAAAAACAUUCUUGGUAAGCAUAUAUUAAACAAGUAAUAAUAAUAUCAAAUACAUACCUAAAUAAAUUUGUUUCCUCCAGCUUUUUACUGCUCCAUUAGAAAGAAUAUGUUAAUUUUUGUGAAGUGAAGGCUGGGAUCAAAAGUUUAGAUGGAUGAAUGCCAUGAAAAUACUAGAAUUUGUCAAAGACUAUGUACAAGUAAAAUUUUUAUUUAAUAAUGAUUUGCCGUCAAAAAGGUUUUGGGAAUUAAGAAUUUGCUCUUACAUAUGUUAACUUAAUUAAGAUGCACACAUACAAAGUGUGACAUAGGAGGACAGUACAAAAUUGAUGUUUGUUAAUUGUUGUUGUGUAUUUUAAUUAGACCAUUAUCCAAAAGGGGAGAUGAUUGAAUUUUUGUUGUUGAGAAAGACUUGUAAUGGAACAGUGACAUUCCUAGAAUUUGCAUUGUAGCUCAGCAAGUAAACUUGAAUUCAAACUCAGCUGCAGGAGUGUGCCUUGUAAUCUAGUUGUGUAUGCUGAUUAUUUAAGCUGCAUUUUAAAAUUGUGUGAGUUUUUAGAUUGUACUUGAAUUAUAGGAUUAUAGGAGAUGCUCUAAACAUUUAUGCUUUAAAUGGUAAAAAGUUAAGCACUAAACUGCUAUGUUGAAAAUGCCCUAAAAAAUUGGUUCAGUGGUCAGAUUUGGUUCAUGGAGAGAUGAAGCACUUGGAAAGCUAGAGUUCCUCUGACCUGUGUCUGGAGCAACUCUUGUAAUCUCUCAUGUUUUUAUGAACCAGUUUUUUUAAAGGUAACACCCCAAAAAAAAAAAAAAAAAAAAAAAAAAAAAAAAAAACCUGAACUUCAGUGUAUCCAUUGUAUUUUUGUACUUAGCUCCCACCCUGAGUGAAGAUGAAGAUGAUGAUGCUGUCCAUGAUAACACCCUUGCUUGGGAUGACUCCUCCAUCCAUGUUGCCACUGGUGGUACUCCAAUUACAGGCUCUUUUGUGCCAGCUAUUGGUGGUCCAUUCUCUGCUCUCACACCGAGUAUGUGGCCACAGGACCUACUGUCAAGAAUUCAGCAGGUAAUUGUAUCUCACAACUGCAACUGCAACUUUCCUCUAAAACAAAAAAUAUGAUUAUUCUUAUUAAAUUAACUAGGUUCACAUGAUGAAAGUGUAAUGCUUAAGGUGUUGCUGUCACUUUCUCUCUUUAAUCAGCUCUUUUCUUCAACUCAACUGGAACAUAAAUUGAUGAUGGUGAACAGUUAAAACAAGAAAUUAUUACAAAAAAAAGGAUCCUUGCAAAAACAUCAGAUAUAAUUUUUUCCGCUUACGGAAGUACUUAUUCAAAGCAUGAAAGUUUUCAUAAAUCUUCCUAUACUGAUAUAGAGUUGUAUUGAUCCUGUAACAUGCUACUGUUAUGUGAAUGGUACUUUACUUGAUGAUUGAUUUGAUUCUUGUUAGGACCUUUUUUUUAAUAUGAUCAACCCAUUUUUUCUCAUUACCUUAAGUUUUCCAGGCUUAAUUGUGCAGAUCAUAUUGAGAGGCUUCCAAAGUAGAAGUAACAUCUUUUUUAUAUCAUUUUGGUGUUUUUUUUUUUUUUUUUUUUUUUUUUUUUUUUGGUGUACCUUACAGACAGAAGAUGCAGGAGGUCGUCCAACUGGACAUUAUGAUGAAUUUGGGUUUAUGGUUGAUGGAGGUAAAUUCUUCUAGUGGCAUCAUGGUUUACUUCUUUGUUCGUUAAAGCUCAGGGACAGAAGGAGACAAGUGGUUGGGACUUGCACUACUUAGGAAAAGAUGACAGCCUCAAUUUGCUUGUUUUAAUAUUGAAUUUUUAUGAAAUUCUGUAACUCUACCGCAAGGUUUUGCUCUAAAAAAUUAACACUAGUUCAGAUUAAUGUAGUUAUUGAUGUGGCUUGUCUGAAUGAUUUGGAUGCAAUAAAAAUUGAACAGUUUGUUGCAGAAACCUGCUUUGCCAACAUAUGGCCCCACAUUUCAUGUCCAGGCAAUCAAUAAUAUAUUUUUAUUUGAAACAUUGUGUUGAUCAUUUUUGAUAUAAUGCUUUAUUACAGAUUUAGAAUUUGAACACAAAGAUCCAGAUCCAGGUAGUUUUGUGACAAGUGAGGAUGAGGGACUUAGACUUAAAUGGACAGCUUUCUUGGAGUUCACACAAAAUCAAGAUGUUGGUGAAAUGACUUGGGACAAGGUAAAUGUUAAUCAAAUCUCAUGUGGAUUAUUUAAUUCUAAUUAUUAGACAAUCAUCUUUGUUGGUUAUAUAAAUUUAAAAUGCAUUCAUAAUGAAAUUAGCACACAUAUGCUUCAAUUUUUUUUUUUUCAUCCUUGCACUUGUUAUUUUCUCACUAUAAUUUUUUACUAGGUUUCUCCAAGUUUUCCUCAUUCAGACAAGUUACGAGAGCUUGUUUAUCUUGGAAUUCCCCACAGCAUGAGAGCUCCAGUGAGUAAAAACUGAAAAAUUAAAAUCUAUAUGCAUUAUAACUCUUCCAUUGAUUAAUCAACUUCAGUUGUACAAGUCAUUCACAGAAGUUGAAGACGAGUAAGUGGGAUCUCUACUAAUGUUGAUAACAUCAGUCACUGGUACUCUUUUCUAGAUCUGGAUGAGAAUAUCUGGAGCCUUACAGAAGAAAAUUAGCAGUGAUUUUACUUACAAGGUGAGUUUCUGAAUUACCUGUUCCAUAUUUUUUUGUAAAUUAAACUGUUUAAAGAAUUCUUGAUCUGUCGCUAAGAUGUUAUAACAUGCAGGUAUGAACCUUCCCCAUGUUGUAUCAUUUACAGGUACAUUGCAUGGUAAACAAUUUAGAAUUCACAACUCAUUGUACCUUUGCAUGUACAAGUAUAUGAUGUGCAGUGUAUUGUUUAGUUUGUUUUUUUUCUUUUGUAAAUAUUUGCUACCAUAUUUGUAAGUUGCACAGUGCAUGGUUGACUCUCUUUUUCCUGGAUUCUCUCAGCAAAUUGUAAGGGCAAGUGCAGAUGAAAAUUCUUUGACAGCCAAACAAAUUGAAAAGGUGAGCUAGUGUGUUAUAUUUGACUUUCCUUUUUAUCCCAGGUGUGAACUUUGAAGACAGUAAUGGCCCUAAGUGUUAUACACUGUUUGUACAUUGUACAAAAGCAUAGUCUACUCUUGUCAUUUUGUAAAAUUAAGAUGGCCCAAUACAUACUUGUGAGUUAAUGAAUACUAUACAUGUAUGUUGAUUACUGGAAGUAUUAUUCAGAACAAAUUAUUUGAUCUAAUCAUCAAAUAGGAUAUAAAAUGUAACUUUUUAUCUAUUUUAAAAGUUAGUAAAGUUUAAAUUGUGUCUGUGCAGGACUUGCUGCGAACCAUGCCAAACAAUGCAUGUUUUUCAACACCAACCAGUACCGGACUUCUACGGCUCAGAAGGAUUCUUAGGUCCCUGGCUUGGUUAUACACUGACAUUGGCUAUUGUCAAGGAAUGGGCAUGGUAAGUUUUAGUUUGGCUGUCAAAUGUCUAGCUGCAUGUACAAUGUACUAGGUGCUAUGAUAUGCAUGUAUGAUUAAGAUAAUUUUCCUAAGCAGCAAACUUAGUGCUGUGGUCCUGUUUUUAAAACACCACAAAUGCAGCAUGAUCCCUACACUAUAAGCACCUUCCAACAAGUCUUGACCAUGCAAAAUAUUUUUUUUAUGUCUGGAAAUGGUAAUCGGAUAGUGUGAUCAUCACUGAAAAGGACUGUUGUUGGCAAUAUUCACUUUAACUUGCUAUAUAUUUUUUUUGGCGUACUUUUCUUUCUUUCUAGAUUGUUGCAUCCCUGUUACUCUUUGUGGAGGAAGAAGAUGCCUUUUGGUUGAUGUGCACUAUAGUUGAGGAUCUUGUACCUACAUCCUAUUAUUCAAGCACUUUAAUUGGUGUACAGGUGAUAAUCUCUUUGAGAGAGCCAUUAUAAAAUUGUAAUACAAUGUAAAUCAAAUUUAAGUGUAGCUCUGUCCAGAUUAUUAAGGACUAACUUUUGAAGGGCUUUUAUCAUUUAAAAUACUGAUUAUGAAAGGCAUUUGGGAACUAUAAAUUAGGCUUGAGGCACAGGGCAGUGGAAAUGUAAUAAUUUUUAUCAAAAUGAUACCUGUAGUAAAAUAUUGGCCAUCCAGAACAAACAGGAAUAUCACCAGGAGUCAAUAUGAACCAAAAGGAAAUAAAGGAAUGAACCUGCCUUAGGAAAAAAAUGAUUGACCUACAUUAGUUAUUCAUCAGAUUGGUUGAGGAGUUGGCCAAGGUUUUCUUGUUAAGUCAGUAUGCACAUACCACAUGUAAAUAAAACCUAUGUAAUCUCAGGUUUCUGACAAUGGUCAUUUGAAAAUUUCUCUAAGGCUCAACAGUGACUUCAUAUUAUCAAGGCUGGUAUUGUGCACAUGGUAAAUUAUUGCUACCAUAAGUAUUGUCUUAACUAUAAGAGUUGCAGAGCUGUAAGUUUGAAAAUUAAACAUAAGUCCUACAAUUUUUAUUAAUGUAUCCAGGCUGAUCAGAGAGUUCUGCGGCAGCUGAUUGUCAGUUACCUUCCACCAAUGGAUGAACAGUUAAAGGAGCAUGACAUUGAGUUGUCACUGAUUACACUUCACUGGUUCUUGACAGCAUUUGCCAGUGUUGUUCACACUAAGGUACAGAAAUGAUAUCAUUAAUCAUUAAAAAAUAGAUGGCUGUAAAUAACCACUUCACCCUUAAACUCCCAUCAGUGACCAAGACAUUAAAUUGUUAAUGUUGUGAAGUACUAUUGUGCCAUCCAGUUGUCUUGUUAAGUUACAAUGUAGGUCUCAUUUUCCAAAAAUUAAAAAUUAAAUGGUACAUAGCUACAUACAAGGUAAUUAUUAUUGAUAGUCGUAUACAUGUACAGCUGCAAUUAAUUAACGGUUUGUUUAUUUUUGCAUCACCCAUUUAAUUGCAGAUCCUGUUAAGGGUUUGGGAUAUUUUCUUGUAUGAAGGCUCAGUGACAUUGUUCAGAAUCACUCUUGGUAUGCUUAAAAUGAAGGUAUGAUCUAACUCUAGACCAAAGUUGAAUUUACUAUGUUACUGUGCAUGUAAGUCUGGUAAAGAAUGAGAGAUUUUGAUGCAAUUUCUGAUCUGCUGUUAAAAAAAUAAUUACUUCAGGUGCACUUAAAAUCGAGUUUUAAUGUCUUGAUUAAAUUAUGUUUGUACAGGAAGAUAUCAUUUUAAAGCUGGACAACUCAGCGCAGAUCUUCAACACACUCUCUGAUAUACCAGGUGAUGUCAAGGAUGCAGAUGAACUGUUAGAGGUACAUGUGCUUGAUUUCUGUUUCUAACGUCGAACUCGACAACAACAUACGUGUGUGGCUCUAUCAUCUUGACCCUUUACACCCUGACAUCCGUAUGCAUAUUCUCCAUACUGUUCUCUGUAUAUUUCCUAAGGUGCUGACAAGGAGAACUUGUCUAAAAAUCAAAGGCUUCUUUAUUAGGUGAUCAUUUCUUUUAUUCUCGUGACCGUUUUGUGUCAUUCAGGGGUGAUAUUGUAAAGAGAAAUUAGAUGCUGGUCACUCUCAAUUUGCCUUGUUUUAGUGGCCUAGUAGGCGCUCGUUCUAAUUGAUCUAGGCCGAUGAGUCACGGGCGAGAGAUGUGUCUUCCCCUAUUUCGUGCGUGUGACUUGAUUUCUCACUGUGAGCAUGAUACGCAGGUGUUUAGUUUGUACAUGAUACGAAAUGUUAUUUUCACUUUGUAUUAUUAAAAGUAAGUCGUUGUUUAAAAUUUUUAGGCUGCAAACAAGGCUUCUGCCUCGCUGACAGAUGUUAUCCUAGAGACACACAGAAAAAAGCACAUGGCUUUCCUCAUGGCUGACCUUGGGGUUCUGAUGGAUAAGGAGUCUGGAAAACAAAUUUCCAGAGAUGUAAUACAAGUUGUUUUAGUAAAAUAACGUUGCAAUUAUGUUCACCCAGACAACAAACUGUAUCUUUUUCUUUAUUUGCAGCGGCUUCAAAAACGCACCAUAGCUCCACCUAGAACUUUCUUUAGUCUGCUCUUUGGUGAGUUAACAAAGAGACAAAGGUUUGCCACUGUAUAUUUAUGCUAUAACUUGUAUGUGCUUGGACAGCGAUAGUGUAUUUUUAAUGGUAUGAGUCAGGAAAUUUUGAAAACUGAAUUUUGUCAGUGGCAGCCAUGAUUGGCGUCUUGAGAACUUUUGAACUGCUGAAACAUUAUCGCAAAGUGUUUGAAGCGAGAAGGCUGAAAACCCAAGCAUAAUUAAACCAGGAUUUAAAGAGUUAUCACUCAUUUAGAGAGGAGAGUACAUGUUAUCAUGAUAAUUUAUUAGAGCGCAGGAAAACGCGACGGACGUAUCCAGACUGUCGCGAAGCAAAACCAUUGCAGUCUUAGCGAAUUAUGGACACUCAGUUCAAAACCACUCUAUGAAACAAAACUUCUGUUUUUCAUAUACCAAAACUGAUAUCUUUGUUUACUUAAUGGAGCGUUCAUUUUCGUGUUCCUUUCAGGAAGAGGUGGUGGUAUUAGCUUGCAGAAGGCUAAAAAUAUCAGACAGACAGGUAAGUAACUUCAAACAACCGAAACAGGAGACUCAGACUGUUAGAUAUAUUGCAACCAUAAGUUGGUGAUUUAUUGUAGGAUAAUGACGGUAGUAGGUAAAUCUUUGAAAGCUGACGUUUCAAAAGUAAGCUCUUUGUAGUUAUAGUGCAGGUGGUGAGAGAGCCUUUUGUGGCUUGUUUUCAUGUCUCAUUUGAGACGUCUUUUAAAAUCCUUCGCCUGAUUUUAAUUGAAUGUAUCUCACAUCACCCGUCGUGUUAUGCGAAAUAUAUGCGGCGACCAUUCGCUGAUUUUUAUGCGAAGCUGUUUUGUCUUUGCAGAAUUAGUAGCAGAUUUGAGAGAAGCUAUUCUCCAAAUAGCCAGACAUUUCGAUGCUGUUGAUCCCAAGAAGGUGAGGACUUUAUGUUAGAAUUCCUCUCGUUCAAGACCGAAGAAUUUAAGAUUCACUCAGCGCGCAAAGAGAUUUUCAGAUUCAAUGUCAGUUUUUCAUGGAGCGUCUAAAGUAAUCCGCGAUUGCAUUGGUUUUGUUUUUCUUGUCCUUUUGAUUGGUUUAGAGGACUUACGCCACCUUUUUAGCCAAUACCAAUUGUGACGUGGGCCGAGUUGUUCAAAGCUGGGUUAAGAUAACGUGGGGUUAGUGUGAAAUUUGAUUUUAAAUCUGAAAGCUUGAAGAGCCAAUUCAGUUUAUUUCUUUUACUACAAUUCGAUAAUUGAAUUCUCUAAAAACAAUGGGUAAAAUUAUUCCAAAACGGCUUUUGAACAGAGAAAUAUAGAAACCUGGAUUAAAAUUUAAUCCUGGGUUAGCGCUAAUCGGCCUUUGAACAACUGGGUGCAGGUGAAUUGCUUUUUUUUCCGUGGGGAGAGGGGGUUGAGGCGGUUUCGCUUACAUCUACUCAACUUGGAUUGUUUGUGAUUGCUUCCAGGGCCUGGAAGUUGACUAUUCAAUGGAAAGUCACGCAAGAGACCAUGAGAGGUUCAUCAACGUAGCGAGGUAUUCAUAGCAAUGUAGUGUCUUAACCAUAUUUGGGUAAAGGUCACGUGAUAUGAUUUUGUUAAAGAUUGGUUACGAAACGAUUAGAAAGAGUUGUAACCCGGACUGUGUGAUAAAGAAUAGAACGAAGGGUAUAUUGGCGACACAGAUGAGAUCCUUUGGAAGAUAUUUCUUUGUAAGUAGGGUGUCAAGGUAUGGUGACAUUCUUUGCACCUUUUUUUUCCGAAGGAAUCGGCGCAGAAGAGCGAAAGCUCUAUUGGACUUUGAAAGACAUGAUGACGACGAAUUGGGAUUCCGGAAAAAUGACAUCGUUACGGUACGUAGUGAAACAACAAUAAAAUUUUUCCAUAAGCUGCUUCCGAUGAUGUAAUAGUUGACUGUUCCUGGAAAAGGUGUUGAUAUGCCCCUUCCGCUGGGGGUCCAUGGUUAUGCUCCUAUAGAAAAAAAAAAUGAAAUCUAGGAGCUUGGAAAUGUAAUUUCCAGUGUUCUGCGCAUCAAAAAGAGCGCUUGCAGACUAAACACUUAGGUGUGAGAGGCCUUGGUAGUGGUUUGACCGCUAUUUUAAUAGAAAACCCUGCUAUACACUGGAUCGCUAUUAAAGUUAUCUUUUUUUUCAUUUUAGAUAAUUUCACAGAAAGACGAACACUGUUGGGUUGGUGAAUUGAAUGGUCUGAGAGGUGAGGCAAAUGGUCGUGCGAUCAUACAAACAGAAUGAAAUCAUUAUUACAGUGUGGGAUGGAUUGCGAGAAGCUUUCUUCCUGCAAGUUCCUGUACAGCUAGACAGUGAGAGAGUUUCUUCUUAACCCUUUCACUCUUAAGAUCUCAAUAUGCAUUCUCCUCUCUGUCUUCAAUACAUCCCUUGUAAUUGUAGCUGUAAGAAUUUGUUGUCCAAUCAAACAAUAUUUCCCUGUUGAUAGUUUACUUUGUGUACAAUCUUCUCAUCACUUGUCUGGUUGAUAAUGUAUUGACAUUGUAUGGCGAAAUUGCACAUUGGUCAGUCUUGGGAGUGGAACGGUUAAGGCUUGGUGUUCAAGGGACUUUGUUGUAAUUCAAAAAGCGAGCUUAUUUGCUGAAAAGGAGAGAAGGGGUAGUGAGUCAAAGUUUACUCAAGAGGACCUUCAAAUAUUUAUCGCGGUUUGUUAAAAGUGUGGUUAGAAAUGCUGUAUGUGCAUUUGUGGAUCCCCUGUCAUAUCUUUUGCUAUUUCAGGUUGGUUCCCUGCCAAAUUUGUUGAGAUUUUGGACGAAAGAAGUAAAGAGGUAGGUGUCUUGAUCUUUAGGUAAAGUUUAAACGUUGAUAAUUUUCCUCGAAGGUUUCAACGUUUUUCUUUCUCUAUCUACCGAUGCAGUACUCAACUGCUGGAGACGAUUCGGUGUCUGAAACUGUAACAGAUCUCGUCAGAGGCGGGUAAGUAAGUCAUAAAAGGAAACACCAAACUAUUUCCAACUACAUGCAUAAGAAUUAGCCGUCUGUAACAAACGCAACUGAAUGACAAAAGCGGGUAAUCCUUACAUACAAUUAAUUGAUUCCGGAAUUUCCAAUACAAUAUUUUCUCUUCAUACGUGGCAGGUUAUGUCCCGCAAUGAAGUCGAUAUUCCUGCACGGCAUGAGGAAGCCGUCCAUUCUUGGGGGACCGUGUCAUCCAUGGCUCUUUGUUGAAGAGGUGAGUGGUGCCUUGACUCAGCUCUCUUUCUCUGCUUAGUCUUAGAAUUACUUCCCCACCUUUGCAUAUUUUUUCAUGGAGAUGGUGCCCUGAUAAGGAGCGUAUGGAUGUAGUGUCAUGAACGCAAAUUCUAAAUGGUGUCAAUGGCCAGUUAGAGAAAGUAGGUUUAGUUUUGCACCUAAUUUAUUUUGAUGGUGGCGGGAGUUCCUACUAAUUCACAGAGUGAAGUUCAGCAAAAGUAGUCCAAUCACCCAAAUGGUAAUUCUUACGAGCUUCGAGAGUUUUUUUACCGUCAGGAUUUGCGGUAUAUUUACAAUACCCAAGAAAUUCUUUGAGACUUGUUCCUGAGGAGUACAGAUAGGGAAAUUUUACAAAGUUUCCCUCCCUGAUACCACGCCAAAUGCCGAAGUUUUACUGCGGUUAUUUUGCGUUCUGAUGGUCAAUAAUUUUCUUUAAGAUAAUUUUGUAUGGCCAAGCUAAUUUUGUUAUUUUUAUAUCAGGCCAGCCAACGUGAAGUAGACCGAGAUUUCCAAUCUGUGUACUCCAGACUGGUGUUGUGUAAGACAUUUAGGUUGGUGGAGAAUGCUUGGAAUGCUGCUUUUUGCCUUAACCCUUGAAUCCCUAAGAGUGACUAACAUCUAAUUUCUCCUUACAAUAUCACUCCUGAAUCACUCAUUUAUGUUGUAAGAAGAAAGGAAAUGAUCGUCAACUAAAGGAACUGUCAGUUGUUAUGCAAAUUCUCCUUGUCAGUGCCUCAGGAAAUGUGGGGAGACCAGUAAGGAGAAUAUGCAUGCUGAUGUUAGGCUGUAAAGGGUUAAUAAUCAAAUAAAGUUACGGGUAUUUUAUCGAAAAGAUACACCCUAAAUUGACUAUCUUACUGUAUAUAAAAGAAGCAUUGGUGUACUUAGAUUUUUUCAUCUUCCACUAUAAGUACAUUGUCACAAAUGCGAUCACAAUGCGGGUGAUGAAAAACGUCAUUGUAAACACGGAGAUCAUGUAGUCCUGUUUUCUUGCUUUGAAUAGUGUACUUGUUAUAUCUUAUGGCAGAUUAGACGAGGAUGGAAAGGUUCUUUCACCUGAGGAAAUUCUAUACAGGGUAAGUGCUGAUCGAUACUUUAUUAUUUAUCUUAUGAUCACUGUAUGAACGAUUAUAUGUUCUUUUUUUCAUUUCAUUGCAACGUAGGCUGUGCAGUCAAUAAAUAUGAGUCAUGAUGCAGCAAAUUCACAGAUGGACAUUAAGGUAGAGCAGUUUUGUUUUGAAAUGCUCUUUUAAAGAUAAAAAUGUUUCUUGUGCCUAUAAAGGUACAGAAAACACGAGAAUAGUAUUUAGGUAGAAUUCCUUAGAUCACGCUGGGGCCACAGUUAAGGGCUCGAGCUACGGUCGACUCGAUUGAAACAGAGCAAACGUUGUGGCUUUUUUCUUUUCUGUCAAGAUUGUGAAAAAAAAAAAAAGAAAAAAUAUUAGUUUAUUAAUCGCGUUUCAGAACGUGGUAUCUUUGCGCGCAUGAUCGGCGCAACUCAAUAGAAAACUUGCUCGUAGUCUGUAAACUUUGCAUAGAGCGUUUUAUUAAACAGAAUUAAACUAAAAAAAUGCUUCUCUCGUAGUUUUGUUUCACAAUCCUUACUUGACAAACUAAGAAGGCCCUGAGUAUUUUUAUUGUUGAACUCACCUUCAUGUAGUUUUUUUUCUCCUUUAUUCUUUUUGCAGUUCCGGUCUCUAAUCUGCUAUGGUCUGAAGUGAGUAAUUCUUUCAACAAUUAUAAUUUCCCUCUGGUUGUAUUCCUCCUCCGCAGAACAGCUGUCGAGGAAAUAGUUCAAAUAUUUUGUUUAAAUAAUUUAUGAGGUGUUAUGAAGACGAUGAUAUGAAUUCAGUGUUUUUCUAUUUAUAACAGCGAACAAUGUCUUCACCUGUGGCUAGAGACGCUGUGUGCCUGUGAAGAGGUCGUAGGAAAGUGGUACGUAAACUGCCUCUUAGUAACAGCCUGAAUUUUUGGUUAAUUUUUAGGUGACAGUCAUUGUUGUCACGCAACAAAUUAGAUCGGACACAUGGCUACUGCUCUUUGGUCAACGUUUUUGGUAUCGUAUUGACGUUUUACCUUUUUGUUCCAGGUACCAUCCUUGGUCAUUUCUUCGAAGUCCAGGCUGGGUGCAAAUCAAAUGCGAACUAAGGUAAUAGUAAAUGAUACUUUUAUACGAGAAGUUAUGACACCCUUUAUUUUUUUCCACUCUCUGACCUUUUAACCUACCAAGUAAUCUGUAUCGAGUAGGUAGGCUCCAAGUAUUGCAAGUCUACAACACGUGGCAUAUUACUCGCUUUUAUUCUCUCUCUCAGUUAGUACGUGCGGUAUCACUCUAAGACUUGUUAAAUUUAAAAGUUUGUUUGGAUUGAAACCUUCCCCUCCCCUCUUUAGUUGAACCUUGAGAUACAAUGAAUAUGUUACUAACCUUGUUUUCUCGUUUUAUCCGAUCGCAUUUAUGACCCUCAACUCCUACGAGAUCAAAAAGGAACAUAUCCGCACACUUUUCGUUACUGAGUGGUAAUGAGUAGAUUUGUUUUGUUUUCUUCAGAACACUUGCAUCCUUCGCAUUCAAUCUGAAUAUCGAUUGGGAGCUUACUAGUGAACGUAAAACUGUAAGUACUGUUUCCCUCUUGUUCCUUUUUUAGAACGUUUGUCAAUUCAAUAGUCAAGUAAUUCGGGAUUAUGCCGGUUCACUUCACACCGCGUUGGAAUUUGCAUCAAAAGCUUGUACCAUGUUUGCUUUGUGUUCAUAUCCGUAAGUGGUUCUGCUGUUACCUAUCGUUUAACCUUGCGCCUUAAAAUCCUUUUACAUCCUAGUGAUUGUAUUAACCUUUUAACUCACAUGAGUGACCAAGACAGAAUUUCUCCUUACAAUAUCAAUAUAAUAUCGAGCAGACAUGUGAUGAGAAUAAAGAAAAUCUUCAUUAGGGGAUUAUUAGUUCUUCUAAUACCAAAUUCUCCAAACUAACAUCACAAGAACUAUAUGGCAGACAGUGAGGAGAAUUACUGAUGAGAUCUUGGGAAUUAAAUGAUUAAUACUGUUCGAUGUGUUGAUUAUAUUUCACAUUGUGAUUUAGGUGAGAUAAUUUUCUUCUAAACCACGCAGUUUCUCGUAGUUUUUAGAGUCACAGAGUUUCCUAUCGAUCUUUUCUUGCAAUUGUUGCAACUUUUGUUUGUGCUAACUUCAGUUUGGGACCCGAUUUUAUUUGUGUUUGUCUUCGUCUGCAUGCCAGUGGUCACUAAAACACGAUGUCAUUAAAACUAAAUGUGGAUUGGUGGACCCUCUCUUUCAACUUGUAGGGUAACAAGUUAGCAUCGUACCUUUAAGAGCUUUUGUUGCAUGGGGAGAGAAGGUGUGGGGGGGGGUUGAGGGCGAGGGGGGAGGGAACUCCCACAAAAGAAGGUGAAGGGGAUUCUCGUGCUUUUCAGGGAUUUUUGAUUGGGGACUUUAAUCAGUGCCUCAGGUGUUAUGGUACCCCAUAGGAUAUUAUGCCGGACAAAAUAUCCACAAGAAUUGCAUGUCGCUCAGGAAUUGGUACCUCUUUGAAAAUGUAGGACUUCCCUUACAACCGCACGAUUUACUGCCUCACUAAAAAUUACGAAGUCCUUAAGGGGGCAUGUACAAUUGAGUUAUCCUUGCCCUUGCGGCGCCUGUAUCACCGUGCAAUAGGGAUUUCCGAAGGAAUUAAUAUUAUGGCAAUCCUUUGGUUUACCUAAUGAAACUAUUGCUUUGAACUUAAGGAUACAUGUAUUAAACUGUGUGUUUCAUACCAGGUUGUGGAGGGGUACGCGCAGCAAAAGAAAUUGCAGGUUAGAUGUUUUGGUUCUGAUUGACGAUGUCUUGGUGUUGCCUAUUUGACGUGGUUCCUUUCAAUAUGAUGUAUGGGAACACUGGCUUCAUCUGUCUGCAGACAUGCUCUUUUUCCUAAUUAGGACCAGAUUUGGUCCGCUUCGGGUCCACGCCAUGUUUUUAUCAUGGCUCCUACAAUCCCUGCUCUUUUUCCUUUUAACUUGGACUUUUCUCUUUAUUGUAAUCGCUGAGUUUGCCAUUCAAGUCAUUUUCAUUGUUGUUUGCAUGCUUAGUGACCUCUACUCUUACUACAUUAAUAGCUAGGCUCUUGUGCUAGAGAGAGUUGGGACUCAUUUAUGCAAUUUAAUCAGUUAAUGUUAUUUAUGUGUGGGUUUAUUGUGCGUUUAGAGGCGAGCAUAAAAACUUAAAGCCUCUGCCUUUUAUUUGAAGGCUCGAUAUCGGCAAAAGGUACCCUGUAGAUUGUGAUCAUGUGAUCAACCAGAACCUUCAUUCCAAUUGUUGUUCUUUUUUCCAACGAUUCUAAUCAUUUUUUCUAACAAAGUGCUUUUCUCUUUUUCAUUUCUCUUUGUUUCGAUGCAUCGGGAAUCUGUAGGAGGUGAGUACUUUUCCUUAUUCUGCCUUUAAGACUGAAUUUCAUCUUGUAUUUCGUGAAAAGGUCUGUUGUCGAAGGGGAGCGGAAGUAAUAAAAACAGCAAACUGGGAAACAAUGACGAAAGUAGAAAUAAAGCAAAACAAAAAUAAAACAAUCAUGUUGUGUGGUCGUGAGGUUAGAGAACGAAUGAACGCUUAGGUUGUCAAAGUCUUGGUCACUGUUAAUGACAACAGCCAUUUUCAGUAAUACUCUCAACCGGACGAUUUUUAUAUAGUUAACCGGGGCCUGUCACUCGCGGGUUUAAACGUUUUUUUAUAUGUAAUGCUUGCCCGCAGGUAACCCAGCCCAUGAAGGAUGGAGUACGAGACAUGCUGGUUAAACAUCAUUUGUUUAGCUGGGAUCUUUGAAGGUGUUCGCCAAGUACAUCAGCAGAAAAUAAGUCUCGCGCCAGGAGAGCGUGUUCAAGCGAAGUUAGUUACUCAAAAUCUUUUUCUUUUGUGAUUGUGGCUCAGAUUUUACGGACUAAGGCAUGGUAUUUAUUUUACAAGCAAGUUGUGAAUUGUUUCUUUUGUUGUACAUAGUCUGCUUGUGUUAACCCUUUAAGUUCAUAGAUCUGAUGAGCAAUUCUCAUUUUUAAUUGCCUUAAAUUUUGUUAUCAGUUCAGAGAAUUUGGUGUUAUAUUAUGGCAACAUACAUACGUUUGCCGAAUCUCAUCGCCUGUUCAGGUUGAUAGUGAAUUGGUAUCGUGAGAAGAAAUUGUAUUUUGAUCACUUUUGUGAGUUAAGGGGUAAACAACACGAGAGAAUUAACAGGAUAGCACAGUCAUGUUCAAAUAUAAGAUCAUUAAACUCGCUUCAAUGGCGCUCUCUUGGCAAGAGAUGAAUGAAGUAAGUCUGAUGGUUAAAGAACUGUCCCGCUCUAUUCUGGUGGGAAGGUGGUGUUAGUUGUGACACGGUCGCAAAAAUUGUUUAAGUUAAAAAGACACACAAGAGAAAAUAUUGUAAAAGAUGUUUGUAAAUUAAGGCUAUAGUAUACACACUCUCAUUUAAAUGAGUUUGAAGGUUACGUGUUACAAGAUGCAUUUCGUGACGACCUUAAUGAAGCUCCUAGAGCGUUGCAUAAUGGUGAUGUUAAUUUUAUUUAUGGCACCAGUAAUCUUAGGAAAAACUGUCAAAGGAAAUUUAUUGUUAUAUAGUUUUGGACGGCUUCGGCGUACUUGAAUGCUCUAGUACAGUGGGCGGAAGCCUUUUGCAUACAAGAGUGCUGGUUGCAUAUUUGCUUCAGUCUAAUUGUACCUCAAAAGUUGUCGAAGUAACACAGUAAGUUUUGUUAUUUUGAAUCCAUGAAAUCGCAGGAUGGUAUUGAAAGUUUCGUAACUUGAUUCAAAGGAAAUUGGAUUCCCGGUGGUUAUGAAAUUGAUAUUCUUGGCGUGAAUGCUGAGGUGAUAAAUCCUCGUUUGGGGAGCAAAUCUUCUGAUGAAUUACGACCGGGUGUAUGUGAUAUUAACAGUGCAGUUUUAAUGUCACAACGUGCUCUCAUUAGGGGGGGCAAAAUGUUUUGAUUAUAUUUUUAUGUUAAAGUAAACGAAAGAAGUAAGGUUGAAAGGUAGUUAAUUAUUAAAAUCAGUAGUUGAUAGCCUGUAAAUGUCAGAGAACUGGUCUCUUAAUUAUCCGCUUCAAAGUUUGGGUUUUACCUGCAGCAAAUUUACCCUCUGUUUUAAUUUGCCUACCUUUGACAAAUAGGUUUGUGUCUCCGGUCCAUGUCUCGAGGUAAAGUUCUGAAACUGCUGAAAUAGUAGAAAAACAAGACAAUUGACUAGAAUCCGUUCGUAGUGCUUAUUUUUUUAAUAAUUAGUAAUCCAACAACAUAACGACGAAUCUCUAAGGAACUACGGUUAGCAUUCUCUUUUUUGAGACUUUAUUUAUGUGUGAUAUUCAGUAUUCUGCGUACGUGUGAAGGGACCACCUUUUAUCGCCUGGGGGGAAGGGGGGGCCAGACGUCGCUAACAGAGCAUAAAGGAAGAUCUAUAGAAAAUUGACAGCCAAUGAGACAGGUGCGGGGUGGCUCUUGAGAAUAUUAUGGAGCCUUGUCGGGGGAGGGGGGGGGGACCAGUCGUCGCUAACAGAGCAUAAAGGAAGGUUUGAAGAAAAUUGACAGCCAAUGAGGCAGGUAGGGGUGGCUCUUGAGAAUGUUACAGAGCCUUGUCCGGGGGGGGGGGAGGGAGAAAUCAGGUAAAUAUUACCGCGACAAAACCGAAAUCCUACGAACCCCCGCCCCCCUCCCCGGCGACAAAUAAUGAGCGGCCCCUAACCAGAAUAGUAUGAAACCCGUCCACUGUACUGAAUAUAUUCAAGUAAAUAUUAGUAUGAGAUCUGAAAAAUAAAUCUAGGUAAUUUGAUGACGAAGAAUGAUAAGAAAGGCAAUUAUUUUGAAUUGUAGAAAUAACUUUAUUUAACUGCAAUGCUAAGUAAUUAAGUAAUUCUUUAGAGACACAUUGUGUUAGGAUGUGGAAUCGACACCUGCCAUUAAAGGAACGUCGAACGGU